CACCACGGUCACGCGAGUGCUUAUAAAGAAAGCCAGCAACUUCUUCGUCUUCCGCCGUGCGUUUUCUUUUUUUAGGCAGGAGCAGAUCUCGUUCAACAUGGCUGCAGCUCCACCAGUAAAUCAUAUUCUCAUCAAAGAUAUGAAGCCAGCACAACGGGGCAUUGACUGCGAUUGCAUUGUCUUACAAAAAGAAUCGGAUCCAGUUACCACUAGAGAAGGCGACACAAUUUAUAAAUUCUUGAUAGCCGACCGAACAGGGGUUAUAUUAUUAUCGAUUUGGAAUGCUCUUGGACAGUACGUCAAGAAUGGAGACAUCUUGCGAUUGUGCGGCUGGUGAGCAUAAACUUUCACUUGUCUAGAAGAAGAACGGAUUAUGCGGUUCAUUUUGAAUUAACAGGUCAAAAUGUAGUGAAUGCAAGAUUCGAAAGGGA